GACAGACAGGCAGGAAACACAUCUCUCUUUUUUGCAAUAUCGAACGGCUUGUUACUGAACAUGCAUGCUAAAUGAACUCUUGAUUGUGUUGCAUGUGCUUCGCUCUAGAAAAAAACGAAUAGGUUUUGCUAAUCUUGUCUAAUUCUGAAGAACAUUGGAAAUUCUAUCAUAUUAUUUCCCAAGGAAAAUGAAAUCAUGGCUUUUCAUGACAUACCAAGAUUUGCACUAUGGCUAGCAUUCCUGUUCUUUGAACAUGUCUUGCAGUCCAAGGAAUUUGCCAUACUAAUGGCUGUUUUCAUCUUUCUGAGUGUAGUCAUCUUUGUAGUCUUCGUCGUAUGGACAAUAAGACCCAAAGCACCAAAUUCAUUUCAAAUCCCAAAUGCAUCUUCGGCCAUCAGGAAGAUUGAGCGCUUACAGAGAGGAUCAAGCAGAAAACGACAGCAAGGUUCCAACAGCAAUACAACCAGACCAACAGAUGGCGACAUUUCCCCUUAUAUAGAGUUUGAUGACCAACCACCUGCGCCAUCAAGCGGAUACACAACUACGUCACAGCUUCAAAAUAUACCGGAGGAGCCUGCUGUUGUAUGUAGAGAUAUCGACUACCAAGGACCUACGAACCCCAAUACGAUGUCCCCAAUGGUGUGUGAGACCACGGCGGAGAUAGGGCCUAGCGGGAAUAUGGGAGAUGUAAAGAUCUGCCUCACCCUGAAAUCAUCGGAUGUCAAAUAUUACCAGGCGUCGGCUCAACCACGAGAAGCGAACGUGAACCGAUCUCACUCCGAUCGUCUACCGAUGCGUGAAAAUGAGUAUAUGAUCCCGGACGGUGCCUGCAGUGGCAGCGCCGGUGCGGUCGGUGACAGGUCCAUGCAGCGGAGUCGCACGCUGCCAGGAUUGCACGUGACAUCGCCAGCGGACCAAUCAGGAGACGAGCAGAGAAAUGACAAGAAAGCGAAUGCGAAUUACCUCGAUCUUGCACACGAGUAUGUGCCAAUGGGGAGUGCUUCAGAGUACACAUGUAUGGACAGUGUGUUGGGCUUGAAUGCUUUAUAUGAAAAUUGACAAAUUUAUCAACGAUUGCAAUAUGUAGCAAAAGAUAAUUGUCAUAUGUAUUGCACUCGCAAAUGAGAUUAAUUUCUGAGCCAAAAGCAUUUUAGGACUCUGUGCAAAAUAAUACCGAACACCUCUACUGUAUGGAAUUAUAAGAGGGAAGCUGAAUAGAAGCAAGAUAUAAAUACGUAUUGAUCCAAUUUUUUUUGCUGCUGUUGAGUAUUGCUACUAAAAGCUAAUUGUACUGAAACGCCAAUCCAAAACGUACUUUAGUUCAAAGAACAACUCGAUUUAUCCUUAGUGUAAAUAAAAGAAAAUAGUUCGCAUCAUAAUCACUAUAGCGUUUAUUCUUACCCCCGCUUUCUUCGUGAAGUCCUUAAUAGAAAAUAUAUUUAUAUAUUAACCAUCUAACAUGACAUUUCCUUCAAUAUGAGUUAUAGAGCCCCCUUUUUUUAUUUUGAUAUUUGUUCAACUUCCAAUGGAAUUAUGAAAUUCUUUAAUUGUAGCCACGUUUCUUCAACGAACUAAUCAUCUAUUAUAAUAUUCAAGGAAAUAAUGCUUCCAACAUUUGGUUCCUACAAUUGGCGGCGACCAUGGGGGACGGGGGGGGGGGGGGGAAGUGGUGUGCGUGCACCCCCCCCCCCGAAUCAGAAUUUCAUAUAGCAGCCUAUAUAAUAUGGAAAAAUCCCCCCUCCCCCUGCAAAUUACAAAAAAUAGUGUUAUCAACGUGAAUAUUAUUAUGUAUUGUAAAAUAAUAAUUAAAAAAUUAUACACUUUAUAUUCCAAGGUUAAUCUUGAAAUCGAAACUUUUGACCUUUUUUCAGUAACAGAAAGAGUCAAGUCCAUCAUAGAGUAGAUGUGCAAUCAAAUUAUAUUAUGCCAUUUAUAUCUGAGCUCUUAUUAUAUAUUUCUCCAUAAAAAAGCAAAAUAUAUUAGCGAAAUCCCCUAAUUAUUAUUCAACAUUUUCAAGCAAUCGGUCUAUCACUUUCGUAUCACAUGCUAAUUCACAGAAGCAUUCUCCAUCGAUUUGCAAAGUGUAUUAAUAUACGCCGUUGAAUACUGAAUUCUGUCCUUCUCGUAGACUUUGUACAGGUAUAAGGUACAGGUAUACAGGUACAGGUUCGAGUUGGCAAGGGUUAACUUAAGUGCCCAUAAUAAUUUCUUAUUUCAAAUUGUAUGUAAAGAUUGUACGAUAUACUGAUAAAACAUUAAAGAAGAAACGAU